ACGAACGGUUUGAGGCGCGCAUUUCGGAAACACUUGUUUUUUUUACGGCUUGUGGAAGAGAGUGUGGAAACACAUCGGUGCAGUCAUGAGCGAGAACGAUGACCAGAAAUCUGUAGAGAAGGAAACUAAAGGAUCUGAUGAGCUAGGAACUCUUCCUCCUGCCCCAGAAGCGGAGUCAGAACUAAUCGUAGAGGCUGAAGCUAAACCAGUGUCAGAGUCAGGGGCUGAACUAGUAGCAGAGACUGCAGCUGAACCAGUGCCAGAGCCAGUGGCAGAGACUGCAGCUGAACCAGCAACACAGCCAGUGGCAGAGACUGCAGCUGAACCAGCAACACAGCCAGUGGCAGAGACUGCAGCUGAACCAGCAACACAGCCAGUGGCAGAGACUGCAGCUGAACCAGCAACACAGCCAGUGGCAGAGACUGCAGCUGAACCAGCAACACAGCCAGUGGCAGAGACUGCAGCUGAACCAGUGCCAGAGCCAGUGGAGGCAGAAGGUGAACCAGCAACACAGCCAGUGGCAGAGACUGCAGCUGAACCAGUGCCAAAGUCGGUGGAUAACCGAACAGCUGAGACUGCAGCUGAACCAGCAACACAGCCAGUAACUGAACCAAUGGUAGAAACUGCAGCUGAAGCAGAAGGGCAGGACAUUACCACAUCCGAAAUUGAGCCAAUAAAUAAAGGUGAAACAUCUGUUAAACCUGAGCUACAACCUACAACAAUUGCUACAAUUCAACCCACAGCUGCAGCUAAGACAGAGGUGUCUACAGAAGUUGAAGAAAAAUUUGCAAGCUGUUUUGAAGAUCCAUAUAAGCGAUCUGUGUUGUAUAUGGAGAAGCAUAAUAUUCUACAGAUAUUUCAGAACAUGACGGAAAAUCUGGUAUACGAAAGACCAGAUGACCCCCUUGAGUUCAUGUUACAGCAGAUACAAGCAAUGAUCUGGAUGCGUGACCAGCAAGAAUUCUGUGUGGAAUAAACUGCACCAGACCCGACUGGGCUAUGAAAACAUUAUGUAGGAGUUGAUGUGUUUUGAUUUUUAAUCAAGCCUCCUCUUAUUGUUUCUGUAAUAUCAUACAGUAUAGUGUAAAAUAGAGAACACAAGACAAGUGAACAAUGCCAAAGAUUGAAUGGAUGAAAUUGUAUCCCUUUCCCAAACAGACACCAAGAUCAGGUCAAUAUUUCUAAUUAUGGAUGUAUAUUUUGCACGAAUUUGAUGUUAAGAUUUACAAUGAUAGCAACUUUUUUUUUCUGAAAACAAACAUAUGAAUGCAUCUUUUUACAUCUAGUCUAUCUGUUAUUAUGGACAAGUUAACAGGGCAUAUGAAGCCAUUAAAUAAUUAGGUAGAAUCAAAUUGCUUUUAUGAAAGGGAACUUGUGUUUGACAAAGCUAACACAUUUUUGAGGAUGUAUUUAGCUGUGUAGGUAAGGAUGGGAUGGGGUGAUUUGUGCUGUGAGUGGAUAAAAUAUAUCUGGAUUAAAACAUUUAAUAAAGUACUAUACAAAAAGUUAUCACAUAGAUAAGAACUCCUUUGAUAGAGAAAAUACAAUGCAGAGUUAGUUAAAAUAAAAGAAUUUCUUACCGCUAGACAGGCUUUUACUGAUAGGUUAAUAAAAGAAUCAAUGCAGGUCCUCAUACUACAACAUCUUCAUUGCUCAGAUAAAACUAUAGAGUGUAGUAAAUCUAAAUUUGCCAAUGGUACAAAUAUAGAUGGGAAAUCAGAUUUGAAGGCAAUAGGUGAAAUAAUUGAUCACAGGGUGACACAUUUUAUGUAAGGUGGAAAAAUAUGAGAUAGUUCACUUUAGUAGGAAUAAUAUACUAACUUUUGUAAAUAGUGAUAGGGUAUCACUUGCAAGACUGUGCAAUAUGUACUAACUGGAAUAUUACGAGAACAGACCUGGCAACUGAAAACUGGGCAUCCACUGGCUAGAAGGGUAGAUAAUGAAGGGGGUGUGGGGGUGGUUUGAGCUUGGAGUGAUGUUGUGUACUUAAUAUUUCAGUAAUGUUAGAAUAUUAGAAUAAUCUUGUAUAUAUAUCAUUUGAUUAAGCAGUCUUGCUCAUUUAAAUAAUUAAUUACGGGUUAUAUGUAAAAAUACGUUAAUUGCAUACGUCGUCACGCUACCAUGUGAAAUGUGUGCCUCACUUAAAAGUAAAAC